AUGCAACGGUUCCUCAACUCGACCUCAACACAGACUCAUUGCCAGGAGCAUUUCGCCACCUUUACUCCCUCGCCAGGGUUGGACGAUCUAUGUGUUCGAUUUAUCAUCAACCUACCUGAAGAAGACCUGUCGUCCGUUGCUCGCAUCUGUUUCCAAAUAGAGGAGGCACAAUGGUUCUACGAAGACUUCGUCCGGCCACUUGACCCCACGCUUCCUUCAAUGACACUUCGAAGUUUCAGUCUUCGAAUUUUCCAACAUUGUCCCCUACUAGCUCCGUUUUCGGUCGAGAAUCAUACAAAGGCUUUUGAGGAGUUCUUGCAGUACAAGACUCGAGUCCCUGUGAGGGGAGCCAUCAUGCUCAACGAGGCUAUGGACUCGACAAUCUUGGUCAAAGGCUGGAAGAAGGGCGCCAACUGGAGUUUUCCUCGCGGGAAGAUCAACAAAGACGAAGAUGACCUUGAAUGCGCCGUUCGUGAGGUAUACGAGGAGACAGGAUACGAUUUGCAUGCUGCUGGCCUGGUUCCCAAGAACAGAGAAGACGUCAAGUACAUCGAGGUCACCAUGAGAGAGCAGCAGUUGAGGCUCUACGUCUUCCGCGACGUACCGAUGGACACCCACUUCGAGCCACGGACGAGGAAAGAGAUCAGCAAGAUUCAGUGGUACAAACUAUCCGAGUUACCCGCUUUUCGAAAGAAAGGAAACCAACCUCAAAACGAAGCCGCCGCCGCCGCCAAUGCGAACAAGUUUUACAUGGUUGCACCCUUUCUGGUCCCUUUGAAGAAAUGGGUCGUGCAGCAAAAGAGGAAAGAUGCUGUCAAGGCUGCCAACGAGGCGCACUUCAACCCGUACUCUCUUCACGAAGAGCCUGUCACUGAAGACGAAGUUUGGCAAACCGAACCCGCGACUGAUGUUUCGACUCGGACGCCGGGCCUCGAUACUCUGGAGGGUGCAACACAGGAAUUGCAGCGUCUAUUGAAGGUCCAUCCCACGGCAGCGCAAGCAACAUCGAAGCCAGCUUCUCCGGAUAUUGGAGCAGACAAAGGAGCAUCGCUGCUCGCUAUCCUGCAGGCCAAGAAUCAAGCAGUCGCCCAAGGGGUCCCAGUCUCGCACCUCCCUCAGACGCCCCUCGAUCAUACUAUUAGGCAGGCUCCACAGCCUCAAAGCCCUCAUGGUCAGCAUCACCCUCAGCAACGGGCACCGCUGGCGAGUUAUCAAGCUCCUCCGGCAUUCCCCAUCGGUCCAGAUGGAACACCACAGGCUUGGGCUUUCCAACAGUCUGGAAAUGCUGGCUCAGCUCAUCCUCAAGCCAGGCAAUACGGCCCUUCAAUGAUGGGUGGCCCUGCCCAACUGCCACAGCCGCCCCUGAGGCAUCCUCAACCAUUGCCGCCUCAAGCUCAAAAGAUUCUGCUGAACCGAAAUGCGUUCGCCGACGGCACACCCCCGCCGCCCCCUCAACACGCACAGGGGACUGUCAACCAACCCAUGGCGAAUGCUCAAUAUCAACCAGCACACUUCCAGCAGCAAAGCCAGAGCAUGAUGUAUCAGCCCAAGCCGCCUAGCAGUCACCUCUCUAAUCACUCUAUGGCACUCUUGGGAGUGCUCAAGUCGGAUACAAGAACUGCUAGCCCAGAUAAGGCUCGUCAAGCAUACCAGCAGCCCUACGGAUCCGCAUCUCAGGGACAGGGACAAUCGCCAAUUGGACUUCAUGGAAACAGAGCUCCUCAGUAUCCUCAGUCGCCUAGCAUGUCGGGGGCAGGCGUAGCACACCCCCAGGGAAGUCCAUCCACGAGGGCCCAGCAGCCUAUCGAUCCUGCGCAUCGGUCUGCCCUCCUUUCCAUGUUCAAGAACCCUGAAGUCAGCUCCCCACCUGCCAACCAACCCGUCGAAUUACCCGGAACUACAGCUAGCGCUGCUCUUUUGAAGGGAAUAUCUACUGUAAAGGCUAGCAAUCAGGAGGUUCCCAGCCCUGUGUUCCGUGGAGUUCAGCCAGCUUCAAGCAGUCCUCUGAGCAGACCACCUCAGAGCGCUUCGGAUCCAACCACUCAAGUACCCUUUCAAGGUCUAUCGCUCCAAUCUCAGCUCGGUAGACAAGAGCACGGAAGCCCUCAGACCAUUGGAGGUUACAGCCCGAGAACGAUGGAGAACAGAGGUCUCUAUAAUCAAGGCGCGAAUAACAAUUCCGCCAUAUACAAUAAUCACUCGCCCCAAAUGAACCCGCAUCAGAUCCUCCAGCGAGCCGAGAACAUGAGCAAGCCUGUUGGCCCUCGUGCGCCUGCUCUAGCCUCGGUUUUCGGGGUCGACAAGCCGGCCAGUUUGGCCAGCCCGCCGUCAGCGUCCGCUCUCCCCGCACCUGCUGGGCUGCAGCAGAAAUCACAAAUGCCCCCCGAACAGAGGCAGAAGCUUCUAUCACUUUUUGGCAAGCCUCAGUCGCCGAGCCCCGGGCCUGGCUUUGCUCCCGAGGAUAAGGGAAAGGCCAGGGAGAUGAUGGCUCCGGACGGGAGCAUGCGAUCACGUGUGGCUUCUUUGGCCUCUGCAAGCGGUCAGGGCGUACAGGAGGGCCUGUCAGAGUCUCGUCGCGGCAGUCAGACACCGAUUUCUCCUGCCGACCGAAGUUUCCUGCUUGGCUAUUUGGCAUCAGUUGCCAAUAACGCCAAGUAG